AUGUACCAGACUGAGACGGCGCCUUUGGUGGGAUAUGGUCGAAACGAAACUCGACUCCCAGUCCCAGGCACCAACUUCGGCAGCGCACGCACCCAAAUCCAGUGGAAGUCGACAAAGAGUCAUUUCAUCAUGCUUGACUUGCAGACGCCGAAAAAUCAAGUGCAAGCGGCCAGUGGCUCUGGGAGAAUAUCGAAAGCUGUAUCUACCAAUUAUGAUAGACCUGCGAAGAGCGUAGAUGUACAGGCGCGAUUAGACCGACUAGAGCUACUCCUGGAGAGAGUGGUCGCAAGUCAAGGAAAUAACCCAAUUUCUUCCAUACGAUCCAGUAUGGACAUUGAGAGACCAGAACACACACAUCACACACCAUCAGCGACCAGUCAAACAUCUCACGGCGGCGGCAUUGCCUCCGAUGAUGGCGAUGGUACCCUUCUUCUUGACGGUGGUCAGUCGCAAUUUGUCAGCUCUCUGCAUUAUGCCCUGCUGGCAGAUGAGAUUCAAGACAUCAAAGCUCUUUUGGGCGAUAAGACAGAAGAGGAGAGGCGUGAGAUCCCGCAGAGCACGCUGGUAGAUCUUCUGUCACUAGGUCGAGCGCGUUCACAAUCAAAUCUUGAACAACUGCUGCCAAACACGCAAAAGCAUCGCGACACUUUGCUCGAUGUAUACUUCGCCAAUGUGGAUCCCAUGGUGCGAAUAACACACAAACCUACUGUAGUACGCAAAUUUCUUUGCUAUAACCAAGAGGCGCAUCCGAUGUCCUUCGCAAUCUAUUUCUCGGCCAUCAAUUCCUUGCCCCCAAAUCUCGUUCAAAACAUGUUUGGGGAAAGCAAAGAGAAUCUUCUGGAUCGAUUCCAGCUCGGUGUUGAGGUUACUCUGGCCCGUGAAAAUUAUCUCACAACCUCAAAUCUUGAGAUUUUUCAAGGCUUUAUGCUCUGGUUGACUUGCAUAACUAGAGAAGAAGAUAUGGGGAAAGCGUGGGUUUUACUUGGGCUAGCAUUUCGCAUUGCGUUGAAUCAGGGCCUCCACCGCGACCCUUCACUAUUUCCAAUCGGAUCCAUGGAUGCAGUUACUAUCGAAUCCCGACGCCGCAUGUGGUAUCAACUUGGCCAUUUAGAGUUUCGCGCAGCAGAGUGCAAGGGUCAAGAGCCGAGCAUAACGGAAGACUUCUAUACGACACUUAUACCGCGCAACAUCGAUGAUGAAGAUCUUACAGAUGGAGCUAGCCCAGGCCCAACGCCGUACGAUAUGAAGAAAUUUACGAACAUCACUUUCCAGCUAGUUCGGUACAUGGGAAUGCGAGCAUUACGACGCAUAGUGCAAAGCACCUAUCGCCUCGAACGGCGAAUAUUAGACUCUGGACUUCACGGUACCUCAAGACCUGACCCUUCUCAAGAACUGCGAGAUUUAUAUGAGCGGAUUCAGGUCAUGCUUGACGAGGUCCACGAGGAGAACCACCGGAAAUAUCUACACUAUCUCGACCCGGAGAUGCCGAUGCAGCGAAUAACGCUGAAUCUAGCUUCGCUUCUAGAGUGGCGGUGUUAUUUACUUUUCUGGCUUCGUAUGCCGCGAGUUUAUCGUGAUUCUGUGUUUUCGGAAGAUAUACGAAGAUCGAUCUUCGAAAAGUCUGUCAACUGUAUAGAGACACUCAACCAUGCUGCAGCUGAUGUAGAUGCAGCUCGAUUCCAUUGGCAUAUUAGUGGAAUUGCUUCGUUCCAAGCGAUCAUGCAUGUGCUCUCCGAACUUCGAAACCCUCUAUUCGAUGCGCCUGAUCGACAACGCGCAUUGAGAGCUUUACAAACAUCUCGUAAGAUUAGAGAGAGCAAUACCGCAAAAGCGUGGCAAGCCGUAAAAAACAUGAUUGACAAGGCUGUCGCUGAGCAUAAUGCGUCUCCAAGAGGGCAACAGUCCCAAAGUUCGAGCACGUAUGCGAGCCCUACUCCGCCGAUUCCUCGCUCUUUACAACCAGAGAGCACGUCAACUGGUGAUAUCUCUACCUAUCCGCCGAUUGAAGCCAUUCCAGACUACUCUUACCAGCAUCGUCCUGCGAUGCAAUACAAGCCGCCCAGGGUUCCUCUACAGCCACAACCCUCUGCAUCCGUAUCCAUGAACUCGAUGCAGCCUAUUCCAGAUCAAUCAGGACCUUCUUGGGACGACUUUAACCUCAAUAAUAUAGCUAACAUUGUGGGAGAUGUCCAGCCCGCUCCAGGCAGUGUACCAGACUUUGACUUUGGAUUCUGGGGUGAUCCUUUCAACCACGAGAACGAAGCGGCCAUGCCUUUGCCAGAUAGCUACUUUCCCUGUGAUAGAAUAAUCCACCCUGCCGCCCAUACAAUACAGCAGGCAUUUCUGACACCACUCACGGCCAGUUGCGACAGUAAGAGAUCUCGAGGUAGCACAGCAGUCAUAUUGGCAGCACGACAUGCUCCUUCCACCACGCACGCGAAUGGCCAAAUCUUCGCCAGCUGUUCCUUGGAUGAGGCGAAGUGCAUUCGAUUGCAAGAUGGCACGCUCAUUUUCAGGGACGAGGUUCUGGAGUGGCACCUGGAGAGAAUGAUGUUCGUUGCCUAG